AUGGCCUCGAUGCGAACUGUGCCACGAGGCCUUCGAUUGGUUGGAAUCAUAAUAGCCAUGGUAAUCAUCAAGGACCAAGGUCAGGAGCCGGUUGUUCAGGUUUUACAAAGCUCACGAAAUAUGGUGGGCGGAAUGACAAUCCGGGAGACGUUCGCCUUACAAACCAACUGGUUUGAGGAGAGGGGUGCCUAG